AUGGCGUAUCCGGAUCCAGCAGAAGACGUCGUCAUCGACCUGACCGACUCUCCACCAGCUUCUCCCCAGCCAACAUACAGCAGUCGUGCGCGAGGAUCAUACAACAAUCUAAAUCAACCUGUUCUACUGCCGAGACAUAUCAGGGACGAUAGCGAUCCGACAGAUCAUGAGGCAAUCGAUUUGACAGACGACAAUGACGACGACGAAGAUCUGAGGAAGGCUAUUGCACUCUCUAUGGCGGCAAAUCAGCCGGCCUCGAGUAAAGGCCAGAAGUCGAUACUGGGCGAGAACGGGAUCGAUUUAACGGGAGAGGGUGACGGAGAUAUCGAGCUGGAGCGGGCGAUUGCGCUGUCCCUGGCCGCCGGGGGCGAGAAGGAGCCUGCUGUCAACGAAGCUGUUAAUAUGGACGAGGGCACUACCGGAAUCGUAGAAGACCAAGUUGCGAGCAAGGACGGGAAGCAUGAAGGCGACCAUGACAAGUCAGCAUCACCAGUGCCAGUAGCUCAGACUACUGGAUUUCUGGGGCUUGACCGGAAGGCCAUGGAGGCCGAAAGACUUGCGAGACUAAAGCGAAAGCGCGACGGCGUUGAUACUCCUGCCACCAAACCAAUCUCGAAUGGAGGCUCGCCAAAGCCGAAGCCCACAGUAUAUGAAGAUCCUCAGCAUCCAAGCAGCAGCAAGCGGCUCAAGACGAUAGAUGGUAAAACCAGUGUUAAUGGCACAGCUUCCACAAAAACCAUCAGCCCUCCUCCGAAGUCGAAGCCUUCCGUACGACCAGCCGACUCUACUGAGAAAGCCGCAAAAGCAGCCGUUGCUCACAGGGACCCACCUUCGUCUUUACCAUCACUGCCACAACCCCGCUACUUCACGGCGCCGACUCUGUUACGCACUUUCACACCCUACGACCAAAACAGCGACCCAUCGCAGCCAACGACAACACUGUCUUCUCUGCUCGCUUCGCCUGCCACCACAUCCACAGCAAAUCUGAAAUCCGCACUGCUUUCUUCGUUCACCACAGACUUCGACUUCUUUCUUCCACUAUUCGACACACGGACCACCAAAUUCUUGCUCAUCCUACAUGCCUCCUCCACAGCAAUUAAACGCGGUCUAGAGGUCGACUUUGCCGAUGUUCCAAAUGUCGAAGUCUUGGUCCCUCAAGCUUCGGGUGGCAUGCAGGGCGGUGGCACAAUGCAUUCGAAAUUCAUGGUGUUGUUCUAUGAUUCCGAGUCUGACCUAAGAGAUACAGCAGAUCUUUGGCAGCAUGGACGUUGUCGCAUUGCGAUACCGACGGGCAAUCUAACUGCAUACGAUUGGGGACAAAACGGUAGUCUCGCCCGGAACGCGCCGAAGCAGGCGAGGGAGAAUGCCAGAGUGAACGUGGAGAAUUUGGUGUGGGUUGUGGACCUGCCUGUGCUUGAAGCAAACCGUCCCAGUGCAGAAAUGCCCACCAGAACAUCCUUUCAAGAAGAUCUCACGGCCUACCUCACCAGUCAAGGAGUGCCUGGCUCCGUCCUCAGAAAGCUCGACAAGGUCGACUUCACCGCCACAAGAAACGUCGGCUUCGUAGGCAGCGCUGCUGGCUUCCACUUCCCGGACGCAGAUGACGGCAGUAGCCAGCAGACUCUCUCGUUCGGCGGCAAGCUCAGCACGCCAGAGAUUGGGCCCGAGUCAACCUCGGGCAUGGGCCUUUACUCCCUUGCAGGAACCAUCCGCCGCCUGAACCUCACUGCUGACCCCGACGAAAUGCGUCGGCAGCCUUACUCCCCAAUACCUACUACGCUCCACUUCGCCAUCAGCGGACACCUCGGUCAUCCAGACUCCUGGUCAUCGACUAAGACAUUCACGACCCCAAUCACGCUGCACGAGCUUGAACAAACCAUGCGCAUCUACUUUCCCUCCGCAGCCACAGUCGCCUUAUCCCUCCCCGGCCCCAACGGCGCAGGCACGAUCUGCUUUGCAGAGAAAUGGUGGAACAACGGCGUCUUCCCUAAACAUAUCCUUCGCGACGCAAUAUCGAAAGCCUGUGACGGCAAGGGUCUAAUGCAUGCGAAACUCAUUGCUGUGCGCUUUGAACGCGCCCGCGCUGCCGCUGACGCGAAGAUUCUCAUCGGUUGGUACUACGUUGGCAGUGGAAACUGCAGCGAGAGCGCGUGGGGAAAGCUUGCGGAGGUGAAGGAGAAGGGAAGUAAGGAGAAGAAGACCAAGCUCACGGUGAAAAAUUGGGAGACGGGGGUCGUGGUGCCGGUGUACGCGGCGGAGGGGAGCAAGGUGAAGGCUAGAGACGAGGUGAAGAUGGAGGAUUUUGUGCAGGCAGUGCCGAAUUUGCCGUGGAGGAUGCCGGCGGAGGGGCUGGUCGAGAGUGGGAGGGAGCCGUGGUUCUUUGAGGGUGGGUUUGGUGGUAAUGGUGGCGGAAGGUGGAAAUGA